UCCUCGUAAAAGCACAGCAGAAGAUGGCUACGACGCUGCAUGAAUUCACGCAGGUUCUGGAUCCUAAAAUGUUCCCCAGAGUGCUUCAGAUCCAGUCAGGAAUAUAUUGUCAAGGCUGCGUGUAUGAGAUGUUUGGAAGAGAGUGCUCUCUUUCAACGGGAGAUUUGCUGAAAGUCAUUGAUAUCACCAUCACCAGAUUCACUGCUCAGACCUCCAGCAACACUGAGAUUGAGAUUCCUGUGGAAUUUCCAGGUUUGUUCAAACUGUUGGCCGACAGUCAGCCGUACCGAAGCAUACAAGAGAUAGCUGACUCACUCAAGAUCAGCUCCCACAGACUGUCCCAGCCCGUUUUCCUCAGCGGUUCGGAGAUUCAGCUGGCGCAGGGCGUCAUCAGGGAAGGAGACAGCUUCAGAAUCACUGCCGUCACCCAUGAGCUCAACAGUGGACGUGUGCAAUGUGAGCUGCUACACAGAGAGCCCAAGUUCUGCUUUAGCCUGAGCUUCUCCCAGCAAGGCCACUUCACAGAGUGCCAGGAUGACCAGUUUUAUACCCUGAAAGAGAUCGCAGAGUGGAAAAUCUCCAAAGGCAGAAAGAGGACUGUAACCGAGGUCAAAACUCUUCCCAAGAAGGACUUCUUAUUCUCGAAUUUGCUGGAGAAUGUAUUUGGAGAGCUGAAGCUGACCCCUGUGUAUGAACUAAAGGCUGUUACAAGGCUCAGUGAGAAAAUUCUGCUUGUCCCGUCAAAUUUGGACGUGGAGGUGGUGGAUGUCACCGAACAGUUUGACUGUGACUCCUUUGUGCAGCCUCUCUCUCUAAUGGACGUUUUCAAGAGGCCUCCAGAGUUUUUUCCUGUGGUGGCCAAGUUGUCAUGUGAAAGACCUUUCAAGCUUUCACCGGAGCUGGAAACGCUUUUCCAUUCCAAACAGGUGAUUAUUCAUCAUGCUUUUUCUGCAAAGCGAAUACUGGCCUCGGAAAUGGGCCGUGAAUCAACAAGACACUUUCUUAUUCCGGAGUCCUACAACGGUCGCUUCAAGCGCCGGCCGCGGCAGUUCCCCACCGCCUAUGAUCUGGAGCGAGCGCGCAGCGAGACCGAACAGAUACGUGUGGUCGCCACCAGGGAGUUUGAGUCUGUGUACAACGGGCUCGCUUCUGUUAAUGCUGGAGAUGAGUUCAUCGUGACGAAAGGCAAAAGCUGUGCGCUUUCACACAAUGGGACCAAGAGGGCAGCUGAUGCUUUUCAAUGUCUGAAAGUUACAGAGAAAAGCCAAAAGACGGAGGUGAAGGAGCCUGUGCGCCUCCCUGUGUGUUUGGAGGGGGGAUUCAUGGAGCUUGUUAAAGACAAGCGUCAAUACACCAUUGCGGAAAUAUGCCGAUGGUUCCCGCUGCCCUUCAACGUCAAUGUGUCUGUGCGUGACCUCUCUUUGAAGGUGGACGUUUUGGCUGGAGCGCCCGGUCUGCACAUUGAGGAGGAGAUCUCUGACCCUUGCCUCGUCAUUUCAAACACUGACCUCUCAGAGAUCAGGGAGGUGCCAGUCAAUCGCGCAGACUUGAUCCUCAACAUAAAACAGCACUGGGAUGGCGAGAAUCCAAUAUGUAGUGGAAAUUCAGCCAUCGAGGAGAUCUCAGAGGACUGUUACUACACACUCAGGAGGUACGCCGUUACUACCAUCACACCCCCUCCACGGCCUCCCAAAAAACCCAAAGAUCCUCCACCACGACCUCCCAAAAUGCUGUCAUCCAGAUCUGAGAGCGUAAACAGUGAGAACUCCAGCUGCUCUCCACAGAGUCAUUGUGUCGAACCUUUUAAGCAAGAUGACUUCAUGCAAUGCAGUGACUCGAAAAAUGGAAAGGACAAAAAGAUUCCCAGUAGUCCAGUCCUUUUCCCAAAGCCUACCCUGCAGAAAGAUCUUGCCAAGGGCCGAAGUCUGGACAACAUAUCCAUCACAAAACUUGAAGAUGACGACAAUGAUGUGCAUGAUUAUGAAUACAUAGAUGAAGAUCAGCUUGACAGUAUAAGGAGGACAUUCAAUGAGCAAGACAUUAACAUGGGCAAAGGAAAACCGAGUAACACAAUAUAAGUAUACUAUGAAGACACA